AUGGUCACAGAUAAACACUCUAUUGGGCAAAGGUGGGAAAUCAUCUAAUAUUGCAGAAAUUAAUAUUAAUGGUAAUAUAUAAUGAUCGCAAACAAGUAGCUGAACACUUAAACGUCUAUUAUGUUAAUAUUGGCCCAAAACUCGCUGCUGAAUGUGAACGUCUUUCGGAUUAUGAAGACUUGCAUUGUAAUUCAACUGGUAUAAAUUCAAAAUUCUAUUUCCAUACAAUUACUGAAUCCAAGAUUCUAAAAAAUCUGAAAAAUCUAAAAGUAUCCACGGCUACCGGGGCUGAUGGAAUACCAGCCAAAAUGCUGAAAUUAUCUUGAGUUAUUAUUGCCCCAUCCUUGACCUAUAUAUUUAAUCUCUCAUUUUCUACUGGGAUAUAUGUUGAUGAUUGGAAAAGAGCUAGGGUAAUACCUGUUUAUAAAACAGAAGAUAGAACGAAAUGUGAAAACUAUCGCCCGAUAUCUACUCUUCCCAUUAUCAGCAAAUUAUUUGGGAAAGAAAUAUUUGGACAGUUCUAUCAAUAUCUGAUAGACAAUUCUCUAUUUUCACGUUUUCAAUCGGGCUUCCGGCCCAAACAUUCGACACUCUCCUUAUUGAUAGAAAUGAGUAACAAUUGGAUUGAAAAUAUGGAUAAUGGAGAAAUAACCGGAUUAAUUUCAGUUGAUAUUAGGAAAGCCUUUGACUCUAUUGAUCAUUAAAUCCUAUUAAGGAAGAUGCAAGACCAGUUUGGUGUUCAAGAUUUUGAGCUAAAAUGGCUCCAAUCCUGUUUGACGAAACGAAGCCAAGUUUGUGUUGUCGAUGGCCACACAUCGUUGGCUAAGCAAAUUGUAUGCGGAGAUCCACAGGGAUCCAUCUUGGGACCCCUCGUGUUUUUACUAUAUAUAAAUGAUUUGCCAGAAUGUCUGAAAAACACAACUCCUGGCAUGUAUGCUGACGAUACUCAAAUAUAUGCAUCUUCCGCAAGUUUCUCCGAACUAGUAAUCAAACUUAAUCAGUAAAAAGCAAAUUCCGAAAAUACAGGACAUCUUGAGAAUUCAAUAUAUAAUUCCAAACAAGACGCAGUUUGAGACUGUAAAUUUUCGACUUUAUUUCAAAGUCAUCUUCAGACAGAAUGAAAUACAAUACUUUACAAAACAUAUAUAUAUACAACGCAGAGAGAGAGCAUCUGUCAUGUGGGCGGAAAGAAGGAUUAUCCAAGCGAAACGAAACAUGAUAGAGAAAAAAGUAAUUAACUGAGAAUGGAUUAUUUCGCUAUAUUUACAACAAUGUUUAAUAUAUUAAAAGGAAUAAGAUAGAAAGGGAAGACCCGACAAGUAGAAGAUAUUAAGUUAAAGUGUUAUGUGAACAGUCGUAGUUCUUUACUAGCUUUAAGUCCAGUGUUAAGAAAAGGUUUGUUAUGUUUGAUAAGCAGUGCUUCAAGAAAAGCAAGAAUGUUGUAGUUGUUAGAUUUUGUAAUGUGAAGUAUUCUGUAGCUGUUGAAAACAAGGUUUACAAUAGGAGAAGAGUUGUCAGAAGGCAAAGGAAGAUCGUUGAGUAGUGUGAACUGGUCUUGUAAAGUAGCUAAGAAUUGAGCAUGUUCACAUUCAGAAAAAUGUUGGCCCACUGCACUAGAAGAGAGCCUAGUUGCAUGCUCUUUCAAACGUACAGAAAGGCAUCUUUGUGUCAUGCCAAUAUAGGUUUUUCCACAACCAGGGCAAGCGACCUCGUAUACAAGAUUACUACGAGAUAAAGGAGGAAGUUUAUCUUUGUUGGAAACAAAAUAAGAGAGUUUUUUAGUGUCAUAAAUAGUGAUGAACUUAACCGGUUUAGAAAGAAAUCUUUGUAUUUUAUUGAGACAUGAUUUUAAAAGAAAAUCACCACGGUUCCCGAGAUAAGGAAUACGAAUCCAAAUUUUAGGCAACAUAUCAUCAUCAGUGUCAUGAUUAACGGUAUCGGAAGUAGAAUUAUCAAUAUAUUUGUUUUUAAGCUUUUUAAUCAAAAAGUUUCUAACACCAUUAGGAUAACCAUUCCAAGACAUAAAAUAUUUUAUGGUUUCAAUUUGAUUGUUGAAAAGUGUUUUUGAACUGCAAAUUUUAAAAGCCCGGUGGAACAGAGAUUUUACCCAAGCAGUUUUGCGAUGAAAAGGCUCAAAACUUGAAAAAUGUGAAUACUGACCGGUGUGGGUGUCCUUACGAUAAAUGUCAGUACCAUCAACCGAGACUUUUAUGUCUAAAAAAUGAACAACACCAUCGGGAAAAGUAUCAACUGUGAAAUUUAAGUUCGGAUCGAAACUAUUGAACUUAGCUAAAACGGCAGAAAUAUUGGAAGGUUUUAUCAAAACAAGAGUGUCAUCAACGUAACGUUUAUAGAAUUUUAUAGUACCAUCGGCAAUCAACUCGGAAACUAUUAAUCUUUCAAAUUCAGUUAAAAUUAUAUUAGCUAAGACAGGUCCUAAUGAAGAACCCAUAGAAACGCCGUCUUUUUGGACAUAAAUUUGCUCGUCAAAAGAAAAGGCAGUUUUGUUGCAACAAUCCAAAAUAAGUUUUUUCAAAGUGCGUUUUUCCAAAGUGGUUGUAAUUAAUUCGUCUUUAUAAAUACGAUCUAGAAUAAUUUUGACUGUGCGGGAAAGUGGAACAUUGGUAAAGAGGGAUUCAACAUCGAAAGAAACUUUUAAAAUCAUGUCUCAAUAAAAUACAAAGAUUUCUUUCUAAACCGGUUAAGUUCAUCACUAUUUAUGACACUAAAAAACUCUCUUAUUUUGUUUCCAACAAAGAUAAACUUCCUCCUUUAUCUCGUAGUAAUCUUGUAUACGAGGUCGCUUGCCCUGGUUGUGGCAAAACCUAUAUUGGCAUGACACAAAGAUGCCUUUCUGUACGUUUGAAAGAGCAUGCAACUAGGCUCUCUUCUAGUGCAGUGGACCAACAUUUUUCUGAAUGUGAACAUGCUCAAUUCUUAGCUACUUUACAAGACCAGUUCACACUACUCAACGAUCUUCCUUUGCCUUCUGACAACUCUUCUCCUAUUGAAAACCUUAUAAAUAUAGCGAAAUAAUCCAUUCUCAGUUAUUACUAUUUUCUCUAUCAUGUUUCGCUUCGCUUGGAUUAAUCUUUCUUUCCGCCCACAUGACAGAUGCUCUAUAUGUGCUGUAAAGUAUUGUAUUUCAUUCUGUCUGAAGAUGACUUUGAAAUAAAGUCGAAAAUUUACACUCUCAAACUGCGUCUUGUUUUGAAUUAUAUAUUGAAUUCUCAAGAUGUCCUGUAUUUUCGGAAUUUGCUUUUUACUUUAUUUUUUUAAAUUGUCGGCUGGCCAUGGUUUUUUGUUAACUGUGUUUAUCCUAACCCACCCUGUCAACUUUCCCUGUGGGAGGAAACCGGAGCACCUGGAGGAAACCUGAUUGCCCGAGGAAAACCCAAGACUUUUAGCAGAACGUUGAUCUUUUCACGAUCUCAGCAGUGAAAGCGCAUAAAUUUUAAACCUUAUCUCAACUUAUUUUAUUUGUAGUAGAAAACCUUCUGUUCUAAGCGCCACUCUUUCAACUUAAGCUGCUGUUGUUCGUAAUUCGUCAUGUUUUCUGUAAAUUUUAUAUUUGUUCUCGUCUUUGAUUUAUGUUUGUUAUAGUUUGUUUUCAUUAAGGUUGUUCUUCACAUGGGGCUAUUCAUGUCCUGUUGACCAUACCUUCAACCAUAUUAUGUGGUGAUUUAAUCUAUUUUAUGUAUGGUUGUAAAGUUAAUAACAGUAUAUAGUAAAGUUAAAUACAGUAAAAAGCACAAAUUAUAUCAAGCACAUUGAUUACUCGCAGCGUCUAGUGAGCUGAGAAGAAGCAAUAUACCUUGAAAUAGCAAGUGUCAUGCAAGUGUCAAGAGUCAUGCAAGCAAAGACCAGGGGUUAAUUAAAGGGCAAUCAGAGGUGACAUAUAUUAAACAUGUGCAUCUCAUUGACAUACAGGAAAUUAAGGAUCAGAUUUCCUAUCAAGUCUGUUUAAUGCUAGGCGCAUCUACCACAUAUAGACUAUAUACACAGAUUUAUCACACUAAGAAACCAAAACUUGAUAAAAAUAUAGAACUGAUAGUGGCCAAAGUCCAAAACAAAUGUAAGCGUAAGUUGCGUAACAUUAGACUUGAAAAAGCUUUAGAAAUUCGAUAAAAAUUCGAAGACUCCAGCGAGUUUAAAAUUUGUGUUCUGUGCAUAGAAAGCCAUGGGCUUAAUAAAAUUUAGUUCGAAACCCCCUCUCUCCAUAUAUUAGGCUGCUGCUACGCUCGCUCGCUUCAGGCUUGCUCGCUUCAGGCUUGCUCGCCCCGCAGCAAAAAUAAAUAGUUCUAUCAGUUCAGUUGUAAACUCUUCUCCCUGGAAGUCCUGUAGGGGCCAACCCAAUUAUUGCUCGGCUUAGGAACCUAAACUAAACUUACUUUAUUUGUACUGGAUAGCUUUAUCAGUUCUGAACUGUUAUUCCUUGAGGUGCUGACAGUAGCAUCCCCAAAGUAUUAUGUAGAAUCUAAAGAUGCCUUGCGCUUUUUGCGGUUGAAGUUUCAUCUUAUUGAGUAAUUGUUUAUAUAUAUAUUUUUAGGAAUAAAAUGUAUUUCACUACUUUGGUGAUUCUAUUGACAUUCAGUGCUCCUCUUGCCAAUGGUGAGUGGAUCUUGUACAAUCUGUCUGCUCUGUGUCACAUGCAGCCCACUAUAGCCGAGAUGAAUCGUGUUCCCCAAUGAAUGUCAUUUUGUGUUGGGUCAUGUAUGCGGCGCUUUAUCGUGGGCAGCGCUUAAUUAAAACGGUAUGCCUUUAUCAAAAUCUUGUCGUUUCUCUUUUCACAGGCAUCAAUAUCUGCCCAACAAGAGAAAUCACAGCAUCCAGUGGAAAAAUCACCUCACCCAAUUAUCCCAACAAGUACCCUCCAAACACUGAUUGUACUCUGACCAUCGAACAACCAUUGGACACGAAAUUUGUCUUCAACCUCACUAACAUUGAUCUAGGGGGGAAAGGUAAUCUCAAAACUAUACGACUUAUGGAGUAUAUUAUAAUCUUAUUACCAUUAAUAAGAUCCAUUGCGCCCUAUUUUACUCCGUCUAACGGCAGAUUAUUUUAUUCUGUUCAACACAAGCUUUCGUUUGUAGGGUUGCAACUACCUGAAAUAUAUUUAGUGAGUUUUAAAAUAAAGUCUAGUUCACCAAUUAGUUGUCAGGGCCGUUGCGAAGAUGCUAAUAAGGACCUUUAGCUAGCAGGACGGCGACGGCUAUUAAUCGGAAAUUUAUGACAGUGUAGAAAGAAAAUGCAUAAUUAAAAGUCCCUUGGGAGUUUUAGACGUCGUCCUUGCUCUUUUUACAACAGCAAAACAAAGCUUUUCACGUUUUGUAUACAACGUCUGCCUUUCAAGCCGCGAGAAGUCGUCCUCGGCAAAUUGGCUUAGUAGAAGUCUUCUCAACUAUAAACCUCUGUCUUAACCUUCUUAAACUGCAAUAAGUUCAUACAACGGAUAAUACAAAACAUGUUCUUAAUGUUACUUAUGUGUGACGAGUUUCUUGUGGCCGUCGCGUUGCCGUCACCUAUUUGCUAAAGGUCCCUAAUGCAGGAUGGGUGUUGUACUAUCUCAUUUGCCGACAACAUUUUUUUUUGGGGGGGGAGGAUUUUCCGUACAUUAUAUUUUUCAUUAUUCAGGUGUUUUCCUGCAUUUCUCAAAACGCCCACAAAUCUCCACCCCACCCCUAAAUUUUGCACCCGCACGAAGUUGUUAAUAGAGAGGUUUAGCAAAGACGACGCGACGUCAAAGACGACGUGAAAAUGGCACAAAAAUGGCGUGGUCACAUCCAUAGAUGGGCAUAUCACGACAUUUUUACGCCAUUUUCACGUCGUCUCUAACGUCGCGUCGUCUUUGCUAAACCUCUCUAUUAACAAACCGGUUAAUACGAGACGAACGCUAAUCAAUAUUUCUUAUGACAGCUUAUGCCUCAAAAUGUGACGACUCUCUUACGAUAACUGGAAGGACCUCUAGUAAACUUUGCGGCCCACGUAGUCGUCUACGUGAAUACGACCUUAAUAUUAUCACUCUUCGAUUUCAAUCAAAUGGCACGGUUGCACGAACUGGAUUCGAACUCACUUUCACGACCGUGAGAAGUAAGUAAACGUCACUGAUCUUAAAAGUACAAACUGGAGAGUGCAUUCUGCAUAAGCAUUAAACUGCGUAAAUAAAGCUAAUGUCCCAUAUUGACUGGUGUCUUAUAUUCCCAUAUGGAAUUUAAACGUCAGUCCCGGUCUGGGACUAGAUUUGAAUAAGAUUUUGAAUGCGAGAAAGUGUCGAAUAAAAAUUGGGGGGAAUUCUAAGAGAGGUGUCUGUAUAAGAAGAGUGUUAGUUUUAGUAUUAGAAAGGUGAACUUCAAUGAUGGAUUCUUGGACUUCACUUAGUGGAAUUAAUAUUAGAAUGUUAGGGUUUGUAAUCCAAGUGAGAAUAUAUACAUUUUAAGACCUAACCAGGAAUGACUGCGAAAAAUGCAGCACAAGGUCCUCUGGUAGGAAUUGAACCUACGGCCCCGCGAUUCCGGUGCAGCGCUCUAACCAACUGAGCUACAGAGGCCAGCUGUUGAGCUGUAACUGUAAGUUCAUGUAUAUAUAAGUAAUCGGGUAACCGCACACCCAAUGGAUUUAUUAGCUCUUAAAGUUACCGGACAUGACGUCAAAAGGAGAAUUUUGUUGCAAUGAUACAAAGGAAAACUGAUUUGCAAUUCUCCUUUUGACGUCAUGUCCGGUAACUUUAAGAACCAAUAAAUCCAUCAAGAUGAAAUUUUUCAAUAACAAAAUAUAUUGCAAAGUGUCGUAAAAUACCCUAAACUUUCGAGAUAUGCAAACUCCAAAACCAUGAUAUAGGCACUUUAAGAUGCCCAUAUUACAGAGAUGUCCGCAUUGGAGAGAUAUUUCUAUCAGAGAGGUGUUCAUAUUAGAGAGAUGUCAGGUGUCUACAUUAGAGAGGUGUUUGUAUUAGAGAGCUGGUGUCCGUAUUAGAGAGAUUUCCAUAUUAGAGAGGUGUCCAUAUUAGAGAGAUGUCGAUAUUAGACGUAUUAGAAAGAUGUCCAUAUUAGAGAGGUGUCCAUAUUAGAGAGAUGUCCGCAUUGAAGAGGUGUUCAUAUUGGAGAUGUGUCCAUACUAGAAAGGUGUCCGUAUUAGAAAGAUUCCCAUUUUAGAGAGAUGUCCGCAUUAGAGAGAUGUCCGCAUUAGAGAGGUCCAUAUUAGUGAUGUAUCCAUACUAGAAAGGUGUUCGUAUUAGAGAGAUCUCCAUUUUACAAUUCUGUAAAUUCUGUUUUUUUCUCCAGCCCUAGGUCUGCCAAAACCUAUCAGUGUUUGUCCAAGCAGGGUGAUCAAACCAGAUGCAGUUGGUCGCAUCAGUUCACCCGGAUACCCUAAAGAUAACUAUGGCAAUAAACUGAAUUGCAAACUCGUCUUGAAAGUGCCUUUAUUUAAAGAACUUGAACUCAUUACAGAAUAUGCGGAUAUACCUGGUAAGUACUAUCUUUCUUUAUUCGGGCCAGAGUACGUUGAAACUAGGUUGGGGCACUUGCGUUGUAAAAAGGCGGGGUCCCCCACUUUUUUAAAAGCAGAAAACUGGGGCCUGCCUUGACCUUGUUUUCAAACGAAAACGCCUUUUUUGCAGACCUGUCAACUCUAACCAAUAAUAGUAACCAAUAAUAGCUAGUAACCAGUAAUGGUAAGAAUCGGAAUUCAGUUUUUACACUGAUAGUAUAAAUGGUAAUUCUUUAAGAACUAUUCAAAAACCCAUUAAUGGAAACUUAAUUUUUUUCAGGUGCUUCCUAUCCAUGCCGUAACAAUUCUCUAAAGAUUCUGGCCGGUUAUUCUUUUUCAUCGAUGUGUGGAUUGUCAGAUAGUCCAAGUCGGCCAAGAACUUAUGAUGAUGGCGAAGUCCGGGUUAUUUUUACAAACGACGGAAUUGCUCAUGGCAAAGGAUUCAUGAUAAGCUAUCGACUCCUUGACCAAUAUCGUCGCCGUAAGGAAUAUCAAUCAACUUAAGCCCUGUUUACACUAUACAGGAUUACUUUUCAUACCGGAUUAAUUUUCACUGAUUAACGCCCAUAUUCUAAAAGCUCACUCGCACUCGAUGAGUGGAGGUUCAAUAUGAGCUUCUCUUGAGUCUCAAUGCUGUUUUUGACUAGCUGGAGGGUGAGUAAUCACCGAGUAAGGUAUGACACUAGCCCUCCAGGUAUUCAAAAACAGCAAUGACACUCGAGAGAAGCUCAGAUUGAACUUCCACUCAUUGAAUGUGAGUGUGAGUGAGCUUUUAGAAUAUGGGCGUAAGUGUUUGCACUAUGCCGCUUUGCUCUGUUGCCAGCUCAUGUCUUUCAUUGUCGCCAUGCGAACAAGAGAAACAUUUUUUCCAAUACACUAAAAUUUAUGAAAAACAAGAAGUAACACACGUUUUCUUUGUGAAGUAUACAGCUAUUUCAAUUAAGGUUGUUCCCCGAACAAAGCGGAAAAGUCGAAUACAAGCGCGAAAGGCUGCUGGGAACCGCUUUGAAAAUUCAUUAAUUUGUUAGCGAUUCCCAGCAGCCUUUCACGCUCGUAUUCGACUUUUCCGCUUUCCUCGUGGACAACCUUCCACUAGGCGGAAUUUUGCGCGCGGAGCGGAAUUUUUCUUUGUCUUUUCUAAUUAGUUCAACCCGAGAAAUCACAAGACAAAGAAAAAUUCAGCUCCGCGCGCAAAAUUCCGCCUAGUGGACAACCUUAAUUGAAAUAGCUGUAUGCAGCAGUAUUGAUGCAGCCGUUGUAUCAACACGUGAAAAUCUGUGAUUUAGCGUUGUAAACAGAGCGAGGACAAUGUCUAAAUUAUUCAUAUGUUGUAAUUACUCAAUUCUUUUCAAUGAUCUAUUGUAUUGGUAGCCGUUGCCGUCCUAAAACCGUAAGGUCUCUACUGUGGCGUAGUGUAAACAGCAGCCUAAUCCGGUAUGAAAAUCGCUACGCUCCGAUGCAAUCCAGUAUAGUGUAAACGGGGCCUUAGACGCGAUUGAUGUUAAAAUUUAUUGUCAUUAAUUAUUAUUACUAUUAUCAGUGGCGGCGCCAGGCUUCCAAAUUUGGGGGGGCAUUUGAGGGGCAAACUCAAAUUUGGGGGGGCAAGAUCGAAUUUUUAAAAAGGUCGCCCCCCAGGAAAUUCGCCCCCCCCCCCCUCAAAACGUGGCGAUAUUCCUAGGAAUAUCGCCCCCGGGGGCGAAUAUCCUAGGAAUAUCUCCUCCCAGGGGGGUGGGGCGAAUACCCUAGGAAUAUCGCCCCUCUUAGGACAUUCGCCCCCCAUAUAUGCAAUGUGGUUUAUUCAAAUAAUUUCGUGAUACUUUCAUCUUAUUAUUGCCUUACACGUUUGAGAAUUUAACUCUGCAAAACUAAAGCUUUUUUGCCUUUUUUUGAAACGUAUUAUUGGAAUAUUGGCAAGUUUUACCAUUCAGAGAUUUACAAACUAAUAGUGAAACUGUAAAAAACAGUUUCAUGUAUACGCGCAUUCACAAAUGAAUAAUGACAACUUAUAAGCCAUACAUUUUCCGAUAACGACAGAACACUUGUGUAGCCUUUAGUGACUAAUAAUUUUUUUUGAGGGGGGGGGAAUAAUUUUUGGGGGUCAUUUGCCCCCCUAGCCCCCCCCCCUGGCACCGCCACUGACUAUUAUUAUUACUACAAACCGAUAAAAAAGGUCAAUCAUUAUAAUUUUAUGUUUCAGGUUGCACGGAAGUAAAUGGUCUACAGUACUUAAAGAGAAAAAUCAAAAUUACUGACGUUCUUAACUUUCAACGUGCAAAUGACGAUAUCAGUUUGCAAUUCCGAACCAGGUACUCCAAUGGUCUGUUGUUAUAUGCCAAAGAAGGGAACAAAUCCAUUCUUUUGAUACUAAGUAAUCGAACGAUGGUAUUUGAAGUUAUGUAUGGAACAGGUAUGAAUUAUACAAAAUCUUUAAUUUAAAUUUGAAAAAAAAUAAAUUCAUGCGUGGAAAUUCUAGUAACACGUAUUAGUCCUCGAAAGUUAGAAAUUAGUAAUUAAUAAUUAGUUGUUGAAAAUUAUUAAUUAAUAAAAAUUACUAAUUAUUAAUUAUUUAAAAAUUAUUAAUCACUAAUUAUUUAGUAAUUAGUUAUUUUAGUAAUUAGUUUUUGAAAAUUAUUACUGUUUAUUUAGUAAUUAUUUUUUGAAAAUUAGUAAUUUGUCCUUGAAAGUCAACCACAGUGACUAACUAAUUAAAAUUAGAAAUUAAUAAUUAAUAAUUAGUUGUUGAAAUCACUAAUUAUUUAGUAAUUAGUUUUUUAAUUAAUUUUUGAAAAUUAUUAAUUACUAGUAUUUAUUUACUAAUUAUUUUUUGAAAAUUAAUAAUUAAUAAAAAUUACCAAUUGUUAAUUAUUUUAGAAUUGAUUAUUAAAUCACUAAUUAUUUAGUAAUUAGUUCUUUUAGUAAUUAGUUUUUGAAAAUUAUUAAUUACUAUUUAUUUAGUAAUUAGUACUAAUUAGUUCUAUGUUUUCCGACCUCGUUUAAAUCGCAUUGUUGACAAAUUCUUUUAUCGUAUGGAACAUUGCCACAUCGACCAGUUUCAACCGGUAAUCUAUGACCUGAAAUUCUGAGCCUUGACGAUGGUUACUAACCCCAAAUAUGAUUUUUGGUAUGGGUAAUAUUUGGGUCAUUCGAAGAACAAAUGUAAUGUAAGUUUCCGGAUAUGAUGUCAUUAGGUGAAUUGCAAAUAAGUUUUCCUUUGUUUUUUUUGUACCAAAAAUUCACCCAAUGACAUCAUAUCUGGAAACUUUGACAGUGAAAAAGUUGAUCAAGAUGGGAUUUUUUAUUAUAAAGAUAUAUUACAUUUAUUUUUCGAAUGACCUAAAUAUUACACAUACCCAAAAUUAUAUUUGUUGUUAGUCGCACUUUAACAUGAAUCUAAUCAUUCCAGACCAUCUCAUAUUAACUGCUCCCUCGCAAAGACUGGAUGACAACAAAUGGCACACAGUUGUCGUACAAAGACGUGGGCUAAAUUUCAGCAUCAACGUUGAUAGGAAUUCUCCCGGUAGGUUUUAAAAUAUAUUGCACAUAACUCCACUAACUUCAUGCAAAUAAGAUUUCCCAAGAUCAAGAGAAUUCCCCAAACUGAAUUGAAAUAACCGAUUUAUUUUCAUUAUUUUAAGCGACUGGUCAAAUUGCCACAAAGUUACCCCAACUUCCCAGUAAUCCUCGACGUGUAACGAUGUACAUGUUCGGCGGCCCAUCUAGGAAAUGGAAUCCUUUUCCAAUCAACUUCGAAGGUUAUGUGCUGAUGAUGAAGAUUAAUGAGAUGCAACCGAUUGCAUCUUACGAUCUUAGGGAUCCGAAAUACCAGUUACGUGGUGGACGAAAUCGGCUACCAAUAUAUAGGUACUGUUAUACGUCUUAA